AUGAUUUCAGAGCCGCUUGUCAGUCUUCUGGCCCUGAUCAGUGUGGCCAACGGCUAUGUAUCACAACGUGCAAAGCCCGUUUCACCCGCCAACUGGUCGUCCUCCUCGACUUCCUCGCCUCUCCUGAAGCGAGAUGGUGAUCCCAGCAACAUGGAAUGGAUCAAGCGAUGGGCAGCCAUUGGUGACAGCUACACGGCAGGAAUUGGUGCUGGACGACCGCUUGGCCACCAAAUCUCUUCCGACGAGGUGGCUUUCACAGUGCCUGGAGAUCUUGACCGGAUUCGCGACAACUAUUCAUGUUCCAGGUACGACUUAGCAUACCCCAAAGUCAUAGAAGCACAAUUCGGUGGCCAUGUCGAGAAGAACGGCGGAUUUCAGUACCUCGCUUGUAGCGGCGAUCGGUCUGAAGGGAUAUACCUGCAGGCCAAGGCGCUGAAGGGUGAUCUUGAUUUCGUCACCUUUACUGCUGGAGGAAACGACCUGUGUCUAGCUGGCAUGAUCAAAGAUUGCAUCAUGUUGCCCUACUUCAAGAACAGCGCCUGUGAGACGAUUAUAGCCAAGGCCCAGGAGAAUGUCAAGACGAUCAUCAAAGACAAUGUCAAGCAGAUUCUCGAAGCGCUCAAUGAAAAGAUGAGCAAGGACGGCAUCGUUGUCGUCAACAGUUAUGCCCAGUUCUUUGACACAAGCACAAACAACUGUGAGAAGCAGUCGUGGGACUUUGCCUGGUUUCUCCCGCUAGGUGCCUCUUAUCAGGCUUUGACCGUUGCUCGUCGCCAGACCUUCAACAAAUUAGUCCUUGACAUCAACUCGGCCAUCCGAGCAGCUGUUAACGCAGCCUCUGAGGACAGCAGAAUCAAGUACUUGGUCGGUUACUCCGACUGGGACUGGUGGGUCACUAAGGAGGUUGAUGGUCAAAUGUGCUCGCCCAGCAGCAACGGCGAUUAUCCAGAUCCACGCCAACCGGACAUGCAUUUCAUCAAGCCUGACACACAUCCCUUCUUUGGCUGGCAGAAGAUGCUGAGCUCGGCAAGGCUCUCCAACUCUGAGAAACGUCAGGUCAAGCGUGUCAAGGCCGCCAUGGAGGCCCGUGAGAAGCAUUUAAAGCAUACAAUGUACGAUUCAAUCCUAUACAAGUCACCUGAUCCGCGUGCUGUCGUCAGACAUAAACUCGACCGACGGGCCCCUUCACCACCAGGCUGUCCUGGAGAUGGCGGCCCGGACAUGACCCUUGGCAUGGGUCUGCCCGACCAUGUAGGUGCCAACUUCCACCCCAACGCAGCCGGCCACCUCACCAUCGCCUCCUUCGCCCUCGCCGAACUCAUGGACCUCCGCUCCAUCGCCCUCCGCGUCGACGCCCCCUCCUGCACCAGCGUCCGCGACGAAUUCACCUGCUUCUCCGGAACCGGUAGUAAAUACUAUGUAAACGGCAACCGCACAAACGCAAAUUACGAGGCCUUCUGCAAAGAAGUCGACGAAAAACAUCCCUCCGGUACAAUCAACUGGAGCUACUCCAAGCGCUACGACACUGGUACCCCCGAAGAACACGAUCUUGUUGUUAGCCUUGCAAAUGGAAACUCAGUGUUUGAUAAGGACCAAUGCAUCGAUUCGAUGCGGAAAAUCAUGAAUUCUUGCGAUACGAGGGAUAACCCGAUGAACUGGAAGGGCGGCGGCCGCUACAUCCGUGAAGCGGGAGACAUAAAAUACGAAAUGCAUCCCAGGCGCAGCAAUCGACCAUGGCCCCCGCCCAAAAACGUUUACGGGCGUUGCGAGGGCUGGUACAAAGUAUUGUUUGGACAGUACACGAUUGAAGGGGCUGGCUGGGCGACGUGGGAUUGGGGACAGAAGACUAUGCUGCCGAAUAUGAAUGGGUGUUAUGGGUUGGGGACUACGGAGUGGAAGUUUGAGUAUUAUGAUGAUCCGGGGAAGCAUAAGGGGUAUGAGUGGAAGGCGACGUUUCGGACGCCGAUUUGGGUGAGGGCGAGGUGUUGGAGUAAUAAUAAGGUUGUGAGGGCUGCAGGGGGGUGGACAGAUGGGUGCAAGGGGAAUGAUUGA